AUGGUGGAUAGACUGGUCGGUAGUAUUGACACUUUACAAGUCAACGCAGCACGUGCCCUGCGCGUCGCCGAGAUUAUUAACGACUACCGAACGCUCCUUGUGCAUAUCGCUCGGCAUAAUGUCCAGAUCCCAACGGAAGAUUAUCACGAAGAAGCAUACAAAGAGAUUAGAGAUGGUCUUGCUGCUGCCCAGGCACUGAUGUCAGCCAACUACAACCCCAUUGUGGCAUCUGCACAGUCCAACACGGAGACGGAAAAGGCAGAACUGAAGAGGUACGGGGACCCGCUGUAUCAGCUGGCUCGGCGUAUCCUGAUUAUCUGCAGAACUAUCCUUGACGCAAGUGCUCGGCGAUUCCAAGCGCACCGUAUCUACCUCCGGGUGGCAGUCGCCAGAAGAUGGGUCAUCGCCCGGCAGGAUAUCCUACGCGGAGCACGGCCAGGAAUACAGCAUACGGCUUCACUUAUUGCCGUGGGCAAUACAUUCCGACAGGUAAAUCGUGCCCUAUACUUUCAAAUUUGUAAGCACUAG